AUGGAGGAGUUUACGCCUAGGAAUUAUCAAAAUCAAUUAAUGGAAAUUGCCUUAAAACGCAAUACAAUUAUAUACUUACCGACAGGUACUGGCAAAACGUAUAUUGCCUUAAUGACUUUUAAGGAAAUGAGUGAGCCUUUAUACAGAAAAUAUAGUGAAGGUGGUAAGAUUAGUAUAAUGCUUGUAAACACAGUUGCAUUAGUGGAACAGCACAGUAAAUAUUUUGAAAAUCAUACAUCGUUCAGUGUGGCAACUUAUACAGGAGAUAUGAAUGUUGAUAAUUGGGAUAAGGAGAAAUGGUUGAUGGAAUUCAAUAAAUACAAUGUUCUUAUAAUGACAUGUCAAAUUUUAAAGAAUAUAUCAGAAGCAAAUUUUAUAGAUUUAAAUAAAGUGAACCUACUGAUAUUUGAUGAAUGCCAUCAUGGUGUGCAAAAUCAGCCUAUGCGACAAAUUAUGAAGCAAUUUGAAAAUUUGAGAGAUCCUCCUAGGGUAUUGGGAUUAACUGCCACAUUACUUAAUGGCAACUGCAAACCACACAAAGUGAUGGAUGAAGUUAGAGCCCUUGAAACUACAUAUCAUGGGAAAGUGGCCACAUUAAACAGUUUACAGGAUGUUGUUGGGUAUUCAACAAAUCCACAUGAACGUAUCAUGACAUUUGGCACCUAUAAACCUUCAGAUGUAGAUUUGAUGGUUAUAAAUGAAUUAAAAAAGGUUGUUGAUGUAUUAAAUCAAAUUAAAUUUGACAAUAAACCUGAUAAAAUUCUCCAAUUAAAACGUAUAUGUGAAGAUACAUCUGAUCUGAAAAAACUGAAAAAUCUGAUGGAAGACUGUAUAUUGCAAAUCCAAAUGUUUGGAACUUUUGGAGGAUGCUUAACUGUAGUUAGUUAUAUUAUUCAGAUAGAAAGAAUAAGACGUCAUUGCAUAGACAUUGAAAUGGCUCACAUAUUAACAUAUUGCAUUGCUGCACUUUCACUGGGAAAAAAAUACUUUACCAUGGAAUUAAAUAAAUACUCUGGAAUAGAUCGAAUUAUUAAAAAUUCAUCCCCCAAAGUUAUAGCUUUGCUAAAGGUUUUUGAAACCUUUCGUAGAGAAUCAAAUGAGGAACUAUGUGCUAUUGUUUUCGUAGAACGGAGAUUUACCGCAAAAAUAGUACACCACGUAAUAAGUGCUGUCGCAGAAAUUGAUCCAAAUUUUGAAGUAAAGUCAAAUUUUAUGGUGGGCCUUCAGCAUAAUCCAUAUUCAUGCACCAGAGAGGGUUUAUUUAUAAGUAAGAAGAACAAACAAGUGAUUGAUAGUUUUGUUCGUAAAGAAAUCAAUGUAAUAUGUGCAUCAAACGUUUUGGAAGAAGGGAUAGAUAUACCAAUGUGCACUCUGGUUGUUAAAUUUGAUAAAUCAGUUAACUAUCGUUCGUAUAUACAAUCCAAAGGUAGAGCUAGACAUAAAUCUAGUAUGUACUUCAUUCUCGUCGAAAAAGAGCCAGAGGUAUUAAAUAAAUAUAAGCAGAAACUUAUUGAAUUUCGCGAGGUGGAAAAUAUUUUGAAUGACUAUUUGAUUGGUAAAAAUGAGGAAAGACCAGAACCAACCAAGUCUGAAUUAAGAAAUAUGUAUGACAGCCAGUUACCACCAUAUUAUGUUGAUGGCCCUGAUUCCGCUAAUGUGAAUAUGUCUUCUGCUAUUGCACUUCUCUGUAGAUAUUGUCAAUCGCUUCCAUGCGAUGGGUAUACCACCCAUGCUCCUGAUUGGUACGUAGAAGAAUCUGUGACGAAGCAAUUCAGAGUACAUAUUUUGAUGCCCACUUGCUGUCCACUUGUUGAUUCCAUUCAGGGAGAUUGGAUGCAUAAUGUAACUGAUGCAAAGCGUGCAGCUGCAUUGAAAACUUGCAUUUUACUGCAUAAGUUGGGCGAAUUGGAUGAUAAUUUAAUCCCCAAAAAAUGUGAGAUUGUAGAAGAGGAUGUCCAAUUUCUUUUUACUCAUUAUCCUCCUGUAAAUGAACCAAUGGCGGGUACGCAUGCUAAUAGGAGAAUGCAUAAUAAAAAGAUUCCUUAUGCGCUUAAAGCUUCAUUAAAUUUGCAUGGUCAAGAAAUGUACCUACAUAUUAUAUAUUUAGAGCCGACUUUUGAGCGCCGAGAAUUCAUAAAUUUAGCUACAGUGCAGGAUAUGUACAGUUCUGAUACCUGUUAUGGAAUAUUAAGUCCACACCCAUUUCCAGUAUUAUGUGGUUUCCCAACUUUUGUCACUUUAGGUUGCGUAAAUGUGAAUAUAAUGGUUAAUCAAGGACUUGUUAAUUUAUCUGCUGAAGAUAUAUCAGACGUUAAACAUUUUCACUUUAUCGUAUUUAACGAUAUUCUUCGUGUAGUGAAGUUAUUUUUAAUGUUUGAUUCGAGCGGAGAUGCUGGAACUUUACUAGUAGUUCCUGUUAAUAAAUUAACCAAGACUAUUGACUUUAAUAUACUGAGAAAACGAUACACGAUUAAACAAAGGCACCAAGAACUUUCAGCUGAAGAGAAAAUAAAUUUGGUAGUUACACAAGACACUUACCUUAGGAAAAUUGUCAGCCCAAGUUACCGAGGACAAACUACCUAUAUUGUAACUGAAGUGACCUUUAAUAAAACACCUUUAAGUGAAUUCCCGGAUAAUACUUACGAAAAUUUUGCGGAAUAUUACAAAGACAAACAUUCUAUACAUAUACUCAAUAAAGAUCAGCCAUUAUUGUAUGUAAAAGCCUUGUCUGAUCGUUUAAAUUUGAUACAACCCAGAGGCCACGGAAAACAGAAACGUAAACAUGAAGAGUCUGAUGAAUAUUUGGUGCCGGAAUUGCUAGUUAAGCAAGAUUUUCCAGCCGAUUUAUGGAUUCAAGCUAGUUUCCUACCAACAGUUUUAACCAGAGUUAUAUUUCUUCUGCAAGUUGAAGAAUUGCGGAAAAGUAUUGUUGAAGAAACUGGAAUUGGUAAACUUCAAGUGGAUACAUGGAAGCCAUUAGUGGUGGACGAGUAUGUUAUAAAUAAUGGAUCAAAAGUUAGACCAAAUGCCGAACCAAAAGAGAAUUUAGAUUUACAAAUAAUAAAUGAACAAGGCUAUCAAAAUUUAAUUACUACGAUUUAUAAUAAGGACUUCGCCGAAAGGAAAAUUGAAUCUGAAUUUCCCUGGAAGAACAUUGAUGAACCAAAAGAUCUGGAACGUGAAUUAAACGUUACUCUUAUGGAUAUUGAAUAUUAUGAGAAUUUUAUUUCAAAACAAAUAACUGCGGAAGAGCGAACACUGAAAAAUAAAAUAUUUGAAACGAAAAGAUUUCCAGCAAUAACUUACGAAAAAAAUUUCAAAGAGCAUGAAAUUCGAUUCUUAAAAAUACCCUUUAGGAAACGAGGUCCAGAACUGCGCGAUUUAUACAAAGCUCUUACCACAAUAAAAUCGAACGACAUCGUCAAUUUAGAAAGAUUAGAAACUUUGGGAGACUCGUUUUUGAAACUUAUUUCAACGCUUUAUAUUUCCAUGAGAUUCCCAAAGUUCAAUGAAGGUGAAUCCACCACUUUAAAAGGCAGAAUGGUCAGUAACAAAAAUCUAUAUUAUUUGGCAGUAAAGAAAGAUUUGGGCGGUAUAAUGCGCGUUUCUGAUCUGUCUCCACGAGAAGAUUGGGUUCCACCCUGUUUUUCACCGCCAAAGGCCGUAAUGGAACAAAUUUUAAACAAAUCAAAAUCUCUGAACGGACUCUUCCGAAUAAAAUUAAGUAGACAGGAGCAGGAAACGGGAAUUUUAAGCGGAAGUAAUUUGAAUGAGUUUGAAUGUUCUGAAUAUGAGGCAAGUAAUGUUGAUGAUGUAUCAGCAUCCAGUGCAGAAUUUCUUAAUCAACAAUACAUUGGCGACAAAAAUGUCUCUGACGUGGUGGAGUCGAUAAUAGGCUUGUUCUUAGAAUGUGAAGGAUUUGCAGGCGCAGUAAAAAUUGUGGAAUGGUUUGGUAUAAUCCCAAAAUCAGAGAAUUUGAUGAAGCUGAUAGCAGAACCACCACCGUGUCCAUUCCUGAAACCAUCCGAAAAAGAUAUGACCAAAUUCAAGUUCAUGUUGCCAGACUGGAGACGCAUUCAACAACGAAUUAACUAUGAAUUUAAAGACUGUGGAUAUAUGCUUCAGGCAUUCACACAUGCGUCAUAUACUUUGAAUAGAUUAACCUGUUCAUAUGAAAAAUUAGAAUUUUUGGGCGAUGCUGUACUUGAUUUUUUGAUUACUUGUCACAUUUACGAUACUUGCGGAAAUUUAAAUCCAGGUGAACUGACAGAUUUGCGUUCGGCACUAGUAAAUAACAACACAUUUGCCAGUUUGGCUGUUAGAUUGGGUUUACACAAAUCGCUGUUGAUGAUCAAUGCACAGUUACAGAAGCAGAUUGAUAAAUUUGCGAAGUAUUUGGAAUCUAAAAAUUAUGAGAUAGAUGAUGAGGUAAUCAUACUAUUAGAUGAAGAUGACAUGCAAAUUGCUGAGUGUGUAGAUGUACCUAAGAUGUUGGGUGAUGUUUUUGAGGCUUUGGCUGGUGCAAUUUAUUUAGACAGCAAUAAAAAUUUGGACACUGUUUGGAGAGUGUUUUACAAAAUAAUGCAUAAGGAAAUUGAAACAUUCAGUAAAAAUGUACCAAAGAAUGUCAUCAGAAAAUUAUAUGAAAGUGAAGGAUUGUAUCCUAAAUUCAGCGAGACCACUUCAAUAAGUGGAAAUAAGUGCUUGAUUGGACUUUCUUAUAUGCACAGUGGAAGAUCUCAAGUAGUUUAUGGUUAUGGUUCAAAUAAAGCAAUGGCCAAAAAAGCUGCUGCUAAAAUAGCUCUACGUUCUUUAAAUUUAUCAAAAUAAUAUUCCAAAUGUUUUUUAUGUUAUUAAUAUUUUAGUCACUGUUAAUAUGUUAGAUUAGUUUAUAACAGAAGUAUAUAUUAUAUUUUAUAUAAGAAACAGAAAAUUGUAUUAGAAUUUAUGUGAUUAUGGUAAAUAUAUCACUUAUUUACAAA